UCGGACCGCGUGCUGUCCCCGUCCCCGUCCCCCUCCCCUCCGACGAGCCACCACGCGCCUCGCCGAUGGCUUCGCCUCCGUCCGCCCCCUCCUCCUCAUCCUCCUCGGCCGCCGCCGCCGCCGCGUGUCCCGCGCCCCAUCGCCCGCGCUUGCGCUCACGGCCAUCUCUCCGGCCGCCGCCGCAGCGGCGGGUGCUUCCGUCUUCCUCCUGCCGACCGGCCCGACCGUCCGCUCUCCCGGAUUCCUUAUUCAGAAAUAUUACCACAAGACCCGCAAGUAGGCGCGCGAUUGAUGAGGACCUGGGUGAUUUCUCGCUGGCUCAUGAUGAUGGGGAAGGCCAUUUAGGGGUUGCUGUAUAUUCAAGUGAGAGUGAAUGGAGUGAUGAGGAGUUCAUGUUAAAUCCAACCAGUGAUCUUGAGUUACCAGCGAUGAGCAAGAGCCGCUUCGAGGGUGCAGAGGGUGCAAUAACAGUUGCUGCCCAUAGGUUUGCCAUGAUUGAGAAAGGGCAUAGGAAGAGCAGAACUCAACAAGGGCUGAUGAAUAAUGUUGGACUGAUUGCUUUCUUAGCAAUAUUACUUUUAUUUGUCGACUGGUGUUCUUGGCGGAUUGUUAGACUACCUCUGGACUCGUUUUACUUGACACGUCCUUUUUUAAUAUCAUCAGUUCUAUCAGCAUUAGCUGGAUUUAUUUUUGCACCAGUUGCUGAUAACAUGAAGAUUCAUCAUUUCCGGAGGAGAGAGAAGCUUAUGUCUCCAUCCUAUAGAAAGCCAACACCAGCAAUGGGAGGAUUAUUCUUUGUUCCUAUCGGCAUUUUGGUUGCAAGAAGACAUGUUGGUUCCAACUCAACUGGAGUAAAUGGAGCAGCUAUUAUAACCCUCGUAUUUGCAAUGGUUGGAUUGCUUGAUGAUAUUUCAAAUCUUUUCAUGGAUCGCAAUCGUAAAGUACCAGAAUGGAUGAGAUUCUUUGUUCAGAUUGUUGCUGGGAUUUACUUCUCUCUCUGGUUAAGUUCUACAAAUAUUUCAACACCAUAUAACAUGAAAUUCCUUGUUCCUCUUCCUCCUCCUCUGGGCCUUGCAUUCAUAGGAAAAAUUUAUCUCGUUCUGGCUGCAAUAUGUUCUCUUUCCAUGGGUACUGGAGUUACAUUGGUUGAUCGCCUUGAUGGCUUGGCUGGCGGUGUCGCAGCUUUAGCACUUUCUGGAUUGUCUGUUGCUUCUCUCCCAAUUUGUUCAGAAAUGAGUGUUUUUGGAGCAUCAAUGUCAGGCGCUUGCGCUGGUUUUCUCUUCCAUAACAGAUAUAGAGCCUCAAUUGUUAUGGGCUGUGUUGGUUCUUUUGCACUCGGAGGAGCAAUUGCUACCAUUGCAGCCUGCAGUGGAAUGUUCAUUCCGAUGUUCAUUGCAUGCAGUAUUUUCCUUCUUGAGCUGCUUAUGGUAAUAUUGCAGGUCCCUUUUCAGAUGGCUAUGAAGCACUUCUUUGGGAGAAAUAGAUAUCCUCUCCGAGUUCUCCCUUCGUAUUACUUUCUUAAAUCUUGGGGUAUAAAGGAACCUUAUAUUGUGGCUGGCGCAUACGUUAUAUCAUGCUUAUUGACAGCAUUUGCAGGAUAUCUUGGUCUUGUUUCAGCGUAACUGGAAGCUUAGGUUAGCAACUUACUAUUCUUUAGUUCUUUUUGUUGUACCUGUAUUAUUCUCUCUCUUUUAACAAACCUAGAACAUUCUUUCAUAAUGUUAGUUGCUUCAUAAUUGCCAAGUGUAUGGUUCAUACAACAAACAUAGAAAAUAUAGAGAUGGACCUUGUAGAAUUCCUAACAAAUGUGGGAAUUGGGAAUUAUAGCAUGAUACGAGGCCAUGAGCUGUGGAGCUGUGGUGUUUUCCUCCUUGCAUAGUAUAUUUUUGUGAACGAAAUUAUUGUGGUUA